CAGAUGUCAUUCAAACAUUCAAGAGAGAUCAGACCAGAAAGCACACAUCUCUCCAGCCUGCAUCUAUAAAAUUCCAGUCUUGCCUACACCCGACCCAAUACCUCUCAGUCCAUCACUAGAGCAUCAGCAACAACAACAGAGUUCGUACAACACUUCAACGAAGCAUACACUUCUCACCAACUUUGGCCAUCCUUUUACUGGGCAACGAGGAAAUCGACGAGUUCUUUCACUCCCGUCUAGUGUACGACAUAGCAUCAGCAACCGUUAUACCUAAGUGACCCGGAUCAUCGGAACCACAAUGGCGAUUUUACUCCCACGCAACGACGUCUUGAACGUCCAUCCCGCUCCUCAGGGCCAGCAUCUGAGUGUGCACGGUUCGGAUUGGCUUUGGGCUGCUACUGCCCUCUUUGCAUUUAAUACACUCGUCCUAUUUGCUCUCAAAUUUAAGGCCAGUCGCGGUGAACGCCUGUGGCAUUACAUCUGGAUUGUCACCAACCUGGUGGCUACCUUCGCCUACUUUGCUAUGGCGGCUAACCUCGCCUGGGAUGUGGUCAGCCAAAGGAACCAGGUUCGUCAACAUGGCCCUACCCGUCAGAUUUUCUGGGCCAAGUAUGUUCUAUGGGUCGUCUCUUUCCCCGCGGCUAUCCUCGCCAUGGGCAUCCUCUCCGGCGUCUCUUGGGCUACCAUCGUUUUCAACAUCUUCCUCUCCUGGAUCUGGGUCAUCGGUUACCUCGUCGCCGCCUAUGUUCCUUCCAACUACAAGUGGGGUUUCUUUGCCUUUGCCGCUCUUGCCCACGUCUUCCUCGCUUUUGAGACCCUGUUCCGCGCCCGCAGCUCGGCUAACCGUGUUGGUAUCAACCGCGAUUACACGAUGCUCUCUGGCUGGACCAACCUCCUGUGGCUCCUCUAUCCCAUUGCCUGGGGUGUCUCUGACGGCGGCAAUGUCAUUGGUGUCACCAAGAGCAUGAUCUUCUUCGGCAUUCUCGACGUCCUCUUCAUCACCACUCUCAGCUACGCCUUUGUCGUCCUCAGCCGCCGCUGGGACUACAGUCGCCUCAAUAUUGCCUUUACUCAGUACGGCCGCGUCCCUAUCACCGGUACUUAUCCCGAGAAGCAUGCCACCACCGACCACCACUCCGGCGUGACUGACCCUCACACUGCUGCUCCUGCCGUUUAAGCAACGCACUACUUCAUAGGGUCAUGAUAUGACCCAUUUAGGUGUACGGUCUGGCCGCACAACUUAUGAUGAGCCUCUUCCAGCCU